AUGGAGGAAGAGGAGGCUGCGGAGGGGAAGAUGAAGCAGUUCCACGGCGCUGUCCCGGUGGGGGUCGGCGGGUCCCUCGUGGCGGCGCUGGAUCCGGAACGCGGCCGCUUCCCGUACUGCGUCGUGUGGACGCCUAUCCCCGUUCUCACAUGGCUUUUCCCGAUCAUUGGUCACAUGGGCAUUUGCACUUCUGCAGGAGUCAUCCGAGAUUUUGCAGGGCCUUACUAUGUCUCUGAAGACAACAUGGCUUUUGGGAAGCCUGUGAAAUACUGGAAACUGGAUCCCAACAAAGUCUAUUCCUGUGGUCCCAGUGCUUGGGAUACAGCGGUACAUGAUGCCUCUGAAGAAUAUAAGCACCGAAUGCAUAACCUCUGUUGUGACAAUUGCCAUUCUCAUGUAGCUCUAGCCUUAAAUCUCAUGCGAUACGACAACAGUACUUCCUGGAAUAUGAUCAAACUUUGUUUUUUCUCUUUGCUGUAUGGAAAGUAUGUAAGCAUAGGAGGCUUUGUGAAGACUUGGCUUCCCUUCUUCCUCCUUUUGGGGAUUAUCCUGAUAGUCAUCUUGACUCUUCACAUCCGGUGAUGGAUGACAUUGGUGUGUCCACCCACCC